CGUCAUAAUUCCAGAAGAGACCUUCACCAACUAGACGCCUACUCUCUAAUAAAGAGGCGAAAAUACGACUAAGAAUUUGCGGGGAGAGAGACAGUUUUAGGGAGGGAGAAAGGAGCUGAUGGAGAGAAAGGUUGUGGUCAUAUGCUGUGUAGUUGGUUUCUUGGCGCUGUUAUCAGCUGCUACUGGUUUUGCUGCAGAGGCUACAAGGAUUAAGGGUUUUCAAGUUCAGUUCCCUUCAGCUUCUCAAUGUGUAUACCCUAGGAGUCCAGCUAUGGCUCUUGGUUUAACUGCAGCACUGGCUCUUAUGAUAGCUCAAAUAAUUUUAAAUGUCUCAACUGGGUGUAUUUGUUGCCGAAGAAGUCCUAAUCCUUCUGGCUCUAAUUGGAGAGUAGCACUGGUCUGCUUUGUUUUUUCCUGGUUCACAUUUGUCGUGGCGUUUCUUUUGUUGCUGACGGGUGCUGCACUCAAUGAUCGACAUGGUGAAGAAAGUAUGUACUUCGGCAACUACUAUUGCUAUGUUGUGAAACCUGGAGUCUUUGUUGGAGGUGCCAUUUUGUCCCUUGCAAGUGUGACUCUUGGGGUUCUCUAUUAUCUCACCUUAACUUUGGCAAAGAACAGUAACAACCCAUGGGGAAAUUCUGAUGUUCCUAACCAAGGAGGGAUAGCUAUGGGACAACCUCAGUUCCCACCCCAGACUCAGAGUACUCACGAACCUGUAUUUGUACAUGAAGACACUUAUAUCAGACGACAAUUUACGUGAUUGGUAAUUUGUUGUUCAGACAGUAUUUGAUGAUAUAUGGUCCUCUCAUCAGAUUACAAUAUGCUCCUAUCUGUCUUGAAAGGAUGAUCACGUUGUCUCACCAGGGAAAUGUGUGUUUCUUCGAUCACAUUCUGCUCUUGGCUGGCAUCAGCAGGAUCUUUUUAAUGUGUUUUUCAGUAACUGGGAUAUCUUGUGUUCAUAUAAAACGCAUUAUAUUCUGAUACGAGUUGGAUGGUUCAUUUAAAGGUAAGAAAUUUGCUUUUUGGUCCA